GUGUGAUACCCACAUUACCCAGAAAAUCAGCACGGCGCAUCUCGUCUCUGUCCGUCUAGUGAGCUGGAGAAAACAUCGUCGAGAAACCAAUGUGCGACGCUGCUAACUAGUAUAUUUCACCAUGCGGACGAGGUGCUAGAGCUUAGGAACGCUGUCAGCUGUUCUUCUACUGAACAUCAUUUAGGGUGCGAGGAAGAUAUUCCCGGGUCACCGCCUUCAACCACUCAGGUGCAUAAAACAGCUGACAAAGGAUGGAAUUCAAGCAGCUGGUUGACACAGCCGAGAAAUGGUGCUCCGGCAACCCAUUUGAUCUCAUUUUCGCGGAGGAGAUAGACGAGAGGCGGUUGGAUUUCUAUGCAGAGCCGGGGAUCUCGUUCUACGUCCUGUGCCCCGAUAAUAUGAAUGGCGGUACUGACAAUUUUCACGUGUGGAGCGAGAGUGAAGACUGCCUGCCAUUCCUGCAGCUGGCCCAAGACUACAUCUCCUCCUGUGGGAAGAAAACUCUACUGGAGAUUCUGGACAAGGUCUUCCGAUCCUUCCGGCCUCUCCUGGGUCUUCCUGACAUCGAUGACGAGACCUUUGAGGAGUACCACGCAGACGUGGAGGAGGAGCCUGAGGCCGACCACCAGCAGAUGGGCGUCAGCCAACAGUAACGCCUUCCAGCAGGGCCAAGGGAGGCAGAGAGAACCUCCACUGCCCUCCUAUACUCCUCUACACACACACACACGCGCAUACACAUACACACACACACACACGUACACACACACGCACACAGGACAGCCAGCUGAACUGCACCACAUUACCCUUUAACUGCUCAACAGCUAAGCUUUCCAAAGUAGUACCCUCUCAAUAGGCUUCUUAAUACCACUGCCCAUCUUCCCAACAAACAAAGAAUAUUGUCAGAGGAACAGUCCAUGCAAUUAAGCCCCACCUCCACACAUAUACAGUAUCCACACACAUCUCCCGCUGUAGACCAGUUUCUUAUUUUAUCUGAUAUUGUUUUGUUUUGGGCUUUUUUUCCCCAAAAAGGUUGAAUGUAUUGAAGUGACUGUGACCACUGCUCAGCACUGAUUGGUUGGAUUGCUGUUUUUCUUGUGUUCAGGAGAGGGCAGUGAACCAGCGGCGAUGGGAGAGAACCGUAGCAAUGAUAGGACUGGCCAAAGUGUGUCACAGGCAGCAAAGUCCCAACAUGUCGUAAUGCAAUGUUAUCCCAUCCGAGGCUGCGCAUUGAGGAUCUGUCAUGUCAUGGAGAUUUAUUUCUGUCCAUUAAAAAUAGCUUUUUCACGUCUUAGGGAUGAAACUAAUGCAUAUGCGUAUGUGCUUGUGGGCUUGAAGACACAUGCAUGGCAAUAAAUCUCUUUGAUCUUUGAAGUGAAUUGAAACAACACGCUUAAUUUAAUCUCACAAGGAAGGAAUUUCAUCAGGUUCAAGUUUUUAGUUCCUUGAAAUACUUUCAUUUAUGAUAAUUGGAAGUGUAUUGAUUAGAUUUUUUUUUAAUGAGAAGCUUUUUUCAAGGAAUUUCUUCAAUCUCCAAGAUUCAGAGAACUUAAAAGUUAAUGGCGCGCAAUUAUCAUUAAUUACAGGGACAGUAUAUAAUAGCGUAUGAUUAUAACACCUCUGCCUCCGCUACACCUAGCUUCACAGCCCCCGCUACACCUCCCGUGAUGCUUCAGAAAUAAUAAGAGCAUUGAUACCACAGCUUUAAUCAAUAAAGGAUAUCAGAGCAUUUCAUGGAGAGGGGGUAAUUUGUCUCAUUCACCAUCAUGAUGAGGUACCCUCGUGGGUGAGGUGUGGCAGCCAUUUUGUUCCAGAAGUCUCGGCACCUCACAUGCUGUGAAGAAGAAGUGUUUAAUUAGACACUUGGAACACUUUGAUUAGGAGGGGUGGUGAGGAGAGGCCAAAAUGAGAAAGGCAGAACAUUUUGGGGGGGUGGGAAUCAGACAGUUGGUUAAGGAGCUGUGCUUUUAGCUCAAGUGUUGCUGGUAUGCUGUUGUACCAUUGGGCAAAAAAAAUGACUAAUUGCUUCUGUAUGCAUUUAGCACUAGGUUGCCCUGAUUAAGGCCAACUGCUGUGCAAAUAGAUUGCAAAAUGUCAUUUUGGCUGACAAUGUUACACACCCAUUCUGUUUACAAAAAACCGUCAAGGGGACUUUUCCAACCUCCCCUCCCCUGUAUUCCCCUUUUCUCGAAUUUGGAAGUGGCAAGUGUACAAUACAGUCUUGUACAGGGAGAACUACAGCUGAGGCGUCUGCAUUCCGAUAAUACUAUGCUUUCCACACAACAAUCCAGAGGAUGAGUGUAUGACAGGACAGAGCUAGCACCAAUGAACAAGAGGAAAACCUUUUAGGCUCCUGUAUAUUAGCUAUGCAGCAGUAAUCUGGGGAACACCGGCCCAUUUAAGCCCUGUGUAUGCUGACGGGAUGAAGCCGACUGUGUCCUGCUGCUUUGGACUCUCAGCUCAUGAUGUAGCCCAGACUGUCUCAGCCUAACGUACUUAACUGUGCAUUACUCCAUUAGGUCUGUUCACACUCAGGUGCUGUGAAAAGGCCUGGAAUGCAGACUUUCUUACUGAAGGACAGAGAUUACAGUGGGGGGAGAGAUGUUGUUGGUGCCACUCGACUCCUCAGUCAGGGUCUUUAUCCUCUUUGUGCACCUGGAGAAGCACUGGAGUGGUAAAACAAAGGGGGACGGAUGCUCUUGAUACGGUAAAAAGAGUGUGAUUGUAUGAGUUUAUGAACUAGAGAGGGCUGCGUUAUUUCAUUGAAUUAAUGUGUGUGCUUUCAUAAGUUUUCAAGGAAAUCCCCAGAUACAUCAUUUCAUGGAAACUUUCACAUCCACAGACCCACAGUCUUGGUGGUUUUCCCAUGUUUUUUCCCAACACUACAACAGUAGGAUGGAGUAAUGAUGUUGGUUUAAAUCUGGUUUUUAAUGCUGUUUGUUCACCAUUUGUCCCAAUUGGCUCAGGGAUGAAUGACAGUUGUUCAGAAUUCUUUGUGGAGAAUCUGAACAAAAUGAUGUCAUUAUUAUUAAUAUCUCAUGUUCAGUUCUAAGACUUAAUUAAUUUGAGCAAGGUGCUGUCAACAGAGGUGCAUUGCUGUGUGAGUGUGGAUAGAUGACCCAUGGCUUUAGAUCAGGGAAAUACCUACUAUAGGUUUUGUUCCCCAUGAGUCACAUAUAACAUAUUCAAAAGGUUAAAAGCAGGUUGGCUUGUAGAGAACAUUACAGUGAAUGCUAUAUCCAUACUGUAGAAAGAAAUAAACCUCACAGCAACUACUGCAGGAGACUUCUGGUAGUAGCACUGAUUUGUUCCAUGAAGCUCCUUAUUUUAAUUACCAUAAUGUAUUGGCAGACACCUUUAUCAAGGAUGACUUGCAUAGCUUAUUUUACACAUUUAAUCAUGUGAUCCAUACAGGCAAUUCUGUACUUUACUCAAAUGGAAAUGGUACCACCGUCACCUGGGAUUUGCUAUCUGAGACGCUAUCUCACUUCUAGCCAGGGCAAGGUCAGCCUUUAACACUGUUGGGAAAAGGCUGUUUUCACAAUUUACAGUGACAGACUCCUUCAUCCUAGCUUUUCUGUUCUGUCUGUACUGUAAUUGGUGUAUUAGAGCCCAGCUAUAGCACAAUACACGGUUUAUUUGCUUUAAUUUAAUGUGGAGUGAGGGAGGCAGGAGUUGUUGGGUAUAAUAUUUUGUUGGUGUGUAGAAGUUUAUGUACCCGUUAUUUUCUCCUGUUUCCUCUGUCUUGUUUACAACUACAGGCAGAGCUUUAUGCUUGCCAUGGUCAGCAACCAUAAAGCAACCAUAAACCUGUAAUCAUCAAAAAUCAGCAACCAUAAACUAGUAACCAUCAAAAAUAGGCAACCAUAAGCCAGUAACCAUUAAAAAUCAACCACUCAACUGAAUAUCCUGCUUCUUUGAUGCUCUUCUGACAAUAACCAACACCGCACAACUUGGCCUCCAUACGAAACAGCAAGUACCCACAACAUUUCUAUAACAUUGUAGCAACAUUAUUAAUCAUUGUAGCGCCACUGUGAGAGCUUUACAUGUUAACUGGAGUCCAGCCUUAAACAAACCAACAAAAAUAAAAAAAGCAUCACCCAUAGCUUAACUGAGCCACACUGUACACAGGGGAGUAUAUUUCAAAGCAGGGCAACACUGUGGACCCAGAUGCAACCCAUGGCCCAAUAAAGUACUGUAGACCAUGACAUAACUAUUAACCAUAUGUCAGUUUACGCAUUAUAAUUGUGCAAUCUUGAUAUGAUGGCAUAGCAUUGUGGUAAUGGCACAGCAAUCUUGUAAGAACACUCUGUGUUAGCUGGGGGAGCACCUCACUGACAACUUCUGUGGAUGUUGCUUGAUCCUCCUGAACUUCCAUGUUCUUAAAGUAUCUCUUUAGCAUUGGAUUCCCUUUGAUGCAGAUUGGCUUCCUGUCAAUGCCGGUGUACUGUAAACGUUAAAAAAAGGUUCAUAUCAAUUGAAGUCUAUUGUGAGAUUUGUCAAAGCUGCUGUCUUUUGUUUAUACUUCUUAAUGUCUGAAUUUCAUCCAGUACAAAGCUGCUAUCUUUCCAUUUUUAAUUUAUUCCAUUUUUGUUUCAGCGUAAUCUCAUGCUUUUGAGGUAGUUCUUUUUCAUGAGUUUUUAAUGAGCUUGUGUUAUAUUUUGUAUUUUUCUUUUGCUUCUGAAAUGUAUGUUUUUACUGUUUAUUUUUGCCCCCGUGUGUUUUAUGUUUUAUAUUCCAAUGUGUGUAAAAUUCUGAUUUAAAAUAUAUGUUGAAAUGAUGUUAAAA